AUGGCCGACGAUAGCGUCGGCUUCGACAACGCUGCUCCCAUCGCUGAUGACGAUGAUUUGUCUCACUCCCCCCUAACCAUCCUUAUCGACGUCCGGCCAGCCUUGCAAUCGCGUCCCAGGUCCGUCAUGCCCCCGCGCCCGGAGCUCCGUCAUGCAUCCGUACCCCCGCCGCCAUGUCUUCCUCGCGCGUCUCGCCAGGGGAGAGCAGGAGCUAGCAGGCAGCGAGGUUGUGUCUCUCCACCCCUCCUCUCCCCUUCGAUUCGUUUGCUCCUCUGCCCUCCCUUCCGUUUCCUCCUCUGCCCUCCGCCUCGGUGGCUCCUCUCCCCUCUGACUCGGUCGCUCCUACGGCCCCUUGAGCGGGCGGACCGUGUGCCACUCUCGCAACGCGCUCACCUCACUGGACUCCGACCCUCCUCACCCAACUUCGACUCUCUUAUCUCCUCUCCGCACCAUUGA